CUCUUCUUCGUUCUCCAUUCUCUCGUAUAUACAUCGUUCUUCGUGUUCGUGGCUGGUUUUCACGACCGACUUGGCUUUCGUUUCGUUCUUCUUUCGUAUACGUAUUCCGGAGAGAGAAGAAACACAUAAACCUAUAGAAGUAAAGUACAGAAGGCGAACAGCGGUACGGUAUACAAGGUGCGGUACACGUUUUUGCAAUUCUGACAUUUAAACAGCUCCACGAUGGUCAAGGUAAUCGCGAAACGCCGCCAAUUCGUCAAUCGUCGCGUCUUCUUCGUAGUGCCAAAGUUAACUUUCGCGUCGCCGAUUCCGUUCCGGUGUUACGGUCUGUUGUUCUAGCAUCUGCAUCGUCAGCAAAUACCAACAAAUCGUUUCGAAUACGCAAUGUGAUCGUGGCCAAAUCUAUGGAGGAGUCGCGAUUCAUCCAACUUUCAUUAACAUUGCUGCUGCUGUCACUUGUGCCUUGGGUUACCGCCGAUGAUAGUGUCAAGGUUAAAUCUAACAGCCAAACUGCUACGUCCAGUACGUUGAAAUGGACUGUGCCGAAUAAUGGACAGGUGCCCGAAAAUGCUGUCGUUGGGUCUUUGGAGUACGUCCUGGCUGAAGGCAUCACGGAGCAAGACCUGCUUCAAAACAUCAGCGCAAAAGCAGCCAUACACGAACGUAAAAUAUACGUAUGUCGAGCCAAGGUCAACUCAAAACCCAUACCGGGUGCUCUGAUUGAGAAAUCGCCCGGAAAAUUCGUCUGCGUUGUAGCUUUAGUUACACAAGUACAUGAGAAGGAAAAAUACGAAGUUCUCCAAAAUGUAGAUAAGGCUGCUCGACUGAUAUGGGAGAAUUGGGAGAAAAGUAUAGACGUUCCCGAAAGAGCUAUUCUUUCAGGAGAAUAUUACAUUUCGCAUAGUACGUCAUUGAGUUUCAAAAUGUUACCUAACGACAUUAAUCUCGGUAGGCUUUACUUGAUGGGUAAAAUCGAACAGAAUUUGGGCAUUUUUGGUAAAAUGUCCGUCGUCACCGAGAACAACGGGGUGAUUCAAGACGUCAGCAAUGGUCAAGUUCUAGUCGAAAAAGAACCAAUCAUGUACGAAUUAACAUUACGUAAAUUGAUCACCAAUAGAAUGAAAGUAAACUGGAGGAAUACGACUGUUUUGGGUCAGACGACCCUCAGGAACGAUGAUCCGAACGAAAUGAAGGCCGAAGCGGUGAUCACAUACGCGUGGAAAUACAUCUCCAGCUGGGGCUUCGGUCGAGCAAUGUUGAAAGGUUUAACCACCACUAUUUUCUUAUUAAAUUCCAGUUCGGUAGAAAAUAUUACGUGGGGUUUACCGUUCGAGGAAGAACGAAACGGUAUCGAAAAAGUGGAGUCAAUGUUACCGACCGGCACCGCGAGCCACGUUCAAGUAAUCGGAGAUUACCUCGAGAUCGAAGUACCGUACAAAGCUGUCUUACUGUCGGUGUUUAACGAUAGUACGAUGAUGAAUCGAACGGUAGAAUGGACGUGGAGAUAUACGACUUUGAUGGACGUAAGAACGAUCUACGGACCAUUAUACUAUAUACAUAAUAACACGCUGGUGCCUACGACCACUACAACGACCACCGAAUCGCCUCCAACCACCACACCUUCGACUACGACGAUGACCAAUGAAAUUAUCAAAACUACCAUUAACCAAGCUAGCAAAAAUGACGAUAAAAAGACCACGUCAGGCGUCAAAGAAGACAUGCAGAACGAUCAAAACAACGCUUUGGAGCUGAAUAAAGGAGACGAAUCUGAGAGAACUGGUUCCGGUAGCAGAUGCUUUUCUCAUAGUUCCUUUAUCGUUAAUACGUUAUUAAUUAGUCUGGUAUUCGGUUAUAUCUCUAAUACAAUUACAUAAAAAGAAAAUUCUAAAAAAUACGAGUUGAUUUGAUAAAGAAACGAUAAAUCAUUACCAAACCAUUAUUUUUACGUGCUUAAGCAUUUAUUAUUUUUCGUUGUAUUUUUUUUUUGUUUUUUCUUUUCUAUUUCUAUUUUCAUUUGAUUUUUUUUUCUUUUUUCAUUUUUUAAGCAAUUUUUAUGUUUGUUGAAAGUACCCAAAUUGGAAUUUAUAAGCCGGUUUGAAUUUUAGUCACGAUGUAUCGUCAUAGGGUUAAAAAGUACUUUUUUUUUCUUGGCUAUAUGGUCUAAAAUGGUAACACUACAUUCCAAAAGUGGUAACACUUCUGUGCUCUUAGGUGUUUACAUCUCAAAACAGGACUUUUCUUAUCACUCAGGAACUUCGGCGAUUAUUUCAUAGUUUUAACUAAGUUUUAACAAUAUUUCAUUUACAUGAUAGCAAGAAUGCAAAACAACUCACCACACGUAAAUUUAGUUCUAUUUAAUGUGAAAUUAGUGGAAAUAUAGCAUCGAAUAAGAAAGUCCUGUUUUGAAAAUGUAAACGUGCCGCGGUCUUCAACUGGAAUGUAGUGUUACCACUUUAGACUAUAUAGCCAAGAAAAAAAAAGUACUUUUUAACCCUAUUUUUAUCGCAUUUAUUUUGUAUUUUUUUCCCCAGUUUGUCUCCGCAGUAUUGAAAGUAUUCCAUAAUGAUGUUAAUUUUUUACGUAUCGAGUUAGAAUGACGAUACCUAAUAAGAUCAUUUUUAAAUAAUUUAAACGAAUUUCGUAUCCGGUGGUAUUGCUUGUUUGGAAUUACGUAUUACGAUCACGUGUAUUUUAAAUGAUUAUUUUAAUAUUUUCGUAGAUCUCUACAACUAGUCCAUUAUUUGGGUACUAAUUUUUUUUGUCGCAGAAGCAAAAACACGGUAAUAAAAAGUACGAAAACAGGGUACCAUUUUUGAUGGAAAAGUUUUUUGAAGAGUACGAUGCAGAUUAAAAUGAACAAUUAACUUUCAAGAAUUGAAUACUCAAAUUUCAAAAUUCAGAGCUUUUGUUCAUCUUGACGAGUAUUUUUUAUCCAUUUAUUUUUCCAUCAAAAUUAGGACACCCUGUAUAUUAUUUGCAAAAAUAAAAAUACAUAAAAAAUUCCAUUAGCAAAUUCAUAAAAAGUAAUCAGUUCCUAUCGCUUGUAAAUACUCGAUCUUCGAAUAAUUAUUUUAUAUUUAUGAACAGAAUCUAUGGUUUUAUUUUUCCAAACAGUUUCUCACGUUUUGUUUUUUUUUCCUCUUAUGUCAGAACAAUUUUGACAGAAAAAGGCUUUUAUUGCAUUUCUACGUUGGGAUUGUUUUUUUUUUUUUUGCUUUUGUUGUAUGUUGUAUUAUUAUGAUUUCUUUUCGUUUAGUUGUUAUAAAUAAUUUGUAUAAAAUGUAAUCACUGUUAAUUAUUAGAUAAGUAACUUGAAGAGACUGUGAACAAAUUCGAAUUAUUAAGUCAGUAAAGUGAUGAAGUGUAUGAUAAUAAAAGUUUUUGUAUAUAGAUGCUUUAAUAAAUCAUAUAAAUAAACA